AUGGAUCCAGAUCAGGAGGAUGUCUCGCAGCUGCGAGUUGCAGCAAAACGAAACCUGAAUGAGGACAUCCUUGGGGAUAAAAUCAGCGAGCCUGAAGAGGACGAUGAUGGGGGUGUCGACGAGCCUAAAGGCGUUCAACUGUUUGACUUCGACGCCUAUGGACGGAAAAUCGGAAAGCAAAAGUACCAAGCCACAUUCGGAAGCUCGAGCGAAAGCAGCAGCAGCGAAAGCAGCAGCAGCUCAGAGAGCAGCAGCAGCACAAGCAGCAGCAGCAGCGAGAGCUCGGGCACGUUUGAGUUCGAUGAUGAAGACUUUGAAGAGAUCGACCGCCUGAGGCGGGACCGUCGUGCGAAGGCGUUAGACCCCAUGGACAGGAGGCGGAUGUGGGAGUCAUCGUUUUUCAUCAACUCCUUCAUGAACCUCGAGACGAAGGAGCAGUACUUUUUCUACUCCAUCACCUUUGGGCAUGUUAACAAGAAGCGAGUAAUUCGUGGCUCUUUACGUCGUCGCUUUCUCUUUACCCCGGGCUACAGAUUGGGCCCUGGGGAGUAUCGCCCGUUGGCAGCCCCUCUGGUUGUAUGGCCUUUGAAGGUCUUUUUGCUUCCUUACAACCAACUGCAUAACUUCUGCAUUACUGUGGAGCAGUGGAAGAUAAGCGACUUCUCGUUCAAUAGUCUGUAUGCCUCAGCCAGACUGACCCUCAAAGAAAUCAUCGAUAUGGAGCCGGAGUUCCAGCUCCUCCUAAAACGCAAACUCCCAGGCAGCAAACGCAGUUACGAGGUGCACAAGAUGCGGGUUUCGCUUCAACUAAAUGAGGUUUUUGACAUCGACAUGGUGUUUGACAGUUGGUGGUUUCUGCCGGACAAGAAAAUGCCUGCGAAGCUUCAGCAUCACGCAAAGGCACUUUCCCUCAAUGUCCCCGUUCAGGGAAGGUCCAUGCAGCGUUCUGUAGCCAGAACGCAUACAAGCAAGAACAACUACUGGUCUUACGCCGGAUUCUUCUCCUUUCGCGGCACACUUCCAUCACUCAGUAAUCAAUAUAUUGUUGUGACGGUGGCCUGUCAGUUUGAACGCCAGUGGUAUCGACCCCCACUACAGCUUGGGGUGUGCAUCAUGUCACUGAAGUCUGUUACGACGUACCCCCUUUUUAGAGGAGUCGUCAAAAAACUCACAACUAACCCCAGCAAAUUUCAACAGGGAGAAAUCAUCGGCAACAUCCGAUGCUUUGUGCGGUCCGUUGGGGUUUUGGGUUACGAGAACGUUCCCUUCCGGCCAAUGCAGACAGUCGCAGGCACUGCCCUCGUGACGCAACUUAACUUGAAGGAACAGUAUCUUGUCGUGAGAGUUUUUAAGUGCGAGAACCUCCCCGUCGCCAAUGCAGAUUCGUUUAGUUCUAACCCAAUGGUGAAGGUGAAAUGGGACGGGAUGGUCAACGCGGGGGCUAGGCGAGAGAACACGCUUCGCCCGGUAUUCAACCAGAGUUUUUAUUUCCCCUUCACGCUGCCGUUGGACUUGUUUGCAAAGGGUCCCUUGUCCUUCGAAGUUUGGGACUCCGACGAUACCACGUCUGAUUUCCUUGGCGGAGCAGACAUAAGCCUUCACCUUCUUUGGAAGGAAGGGCAGCGAGACACCAGGAGCCUGGCUGUGGGAGUCGAAGAAAGCGAUGAAAAAACUCGACUGCCAGACGGGAGGCCGGCAGAGUUCGCAAAUCGAGACGAAUCCGAUUAUUCCGGAUUUGGUGACACCGUCUUGCCGGAUGAUGACAGAGUUGUGGUGCCUCCUUACGAGUGGCCCUAUGAGACACUAGUUCUAAAAAGAGUGCUCGAGCUCAAAGGGUCUACUCUGCCACAGAUAAGUGGCGACAGGAGUUUGCUCUGGUGCGAAGUAUUCUUUAUUCCUCCGAUGCCUGAAGAUGUUGAAAUGCCUCCGCAGCCAGUUGUCAAAAAUUCCAACGAUAUCUGGAUGCAGGUCGAGCGUCGGUGGAACAAGGAUUUCCGGCGGUGGCAAAAGAUGUAUUUGCAGUGGUUCCCUGAGGCUCCAAAAGAAAGGCGGUUUGUUAGUGUAGCGGAGCAUUCGCAGAGCCGUUUGAUUUUCCCGCUGCCGUCAUUUGUGGUGCCAAUAGCCGUGCCAGCUCAGCUAGCCGUAGAGGGGGAGCUGCUGCACUGGCUAAGUAACAUCGCCUAUCUUUUCUCCCCAAAACAGCUGCGCGACGGGGAGUUCCAGAGGUGGCAAAGCCCAGCCUCUCUCCUGACGACUCGCAGGGGUGGAGUGAACGACCACGCAGUCCUGCUAUGCAGCUGCCUCCUUGGGCUGGAAUACGACGCAUAUGUCUGUAAAGGGACUAUUGACGGAUACGCUACAGACCACGCGUGGGUCAUGACUCGCCAUGCUGGCGGAUGGGUUAUGUUUUGGGAACCUACAAAUCGGAAGCGCUACUGCCUCCCAUAUCGGUGGGGUUAUCCGUCAAAAGGGCCGCCGGAGAACUUCAAGCCAAAGGAAUCACUGGAAGAAGCCGCCGAAAAGUACUGGGAGGGAACUUACCUUGAAGAAUGGUUUGCAUGGAUUGAGUCUCAAGCAGCAGCUGCUGCUGAUGCAGCUCGCAUGGCCGCAGAAGGGGCAACUAUCCCCGAUGCUGAAAUAUGGGGAGAAGAUGUGGCUCCAGAUGAGCGACUAGAUCCGAAUGUUGUAAUGGAAGAAGGAGGCAUUCUGACGGAGACAAGUGCUUCUCCGAAUACGAAACGAAUAGCGGAGAAGGUGGAUAAGGCUGAGCUGCGGAAGAUGAUGCAAGAACAGCUGGACAAACUCCCCAUCACUCCUGCGAAGGAUCUUCUGAAGCCCGACUCGACGCUUUCGUAUGUUCCAUACAGCUCUGUUGAGGUUGUAUUCAACAAUUUUCAGCUCUGGGGAAAUCUGCAGAACCUCCAUCCUGCUUGCAUCACAUACGACUUUGAUGACUUGUGGAAGUGGCGGCCGCUCCUCACCGAGCCUGCAGACCCCAUUGAAACGGAUAUAAUAAUUGCGACUCCUAUUCGCGACAAGAAAUGUCAGCUGCUUGCCGAAGACCUAGUCGGGAAUGUAGUGGAACAUAUUCGCAUGCAACGCAUCAAAAAUGGCAACGACGUUUCCUUUGAGCAUCGAGAAGAAAUGCUGUCAAAGCUGACAUUUUAUUUGGACCUUUUAGAAUUCAGGCUUCAUCUUGACGAAGCUCACAACCCUGGGCCACCCGCAAAUCACAUUGGCUGGUCAAAUUUCCCAGAAGAAAUGGCGGAUGCAAACGCUUCUGCAAGGGCUGACUAUGACUUUUUUGACGCAGUGCAAGCUUCGAAUGUCCCGAGCUCCGGAGAUGGAGUUGAGCCAGACCCUCUUAUUCAAGGCGCUCUGCAAAUGAUGGGUGAAGGCUAUAAUGAUUUCCAGGAGAUAUUUGCAGCCGACCCUCCACCGGGAGGCUUCUACGACCCGUUUGCUGUAACUGGAGAGGGAACCUAUGUUGCGCCAGAAGACGCUGCUCGCCUGGGAGGUCAGCAAGGAGGGUAUUUACAUCUGCAAACAACCACCACUCCCUCGGGUCCGCCAGUCUACCAAGUGCCACUCAAUCCUGUGGACGCCGCUACUGCGGCCAUGGUAGAUUACGAUGCAGAACAACGUCGCGCCGAACAGGAGGAAGCAAGGCUAGUCAAGGGAUAUAUGGCUGGAGGAGGCCACAAUGGAUGGCUCAACGGAGUAAAGAGGGCCAAUGGUGGAGAUCAUGUUGCACCGUCAGGCCUCCGCUUUAGUGUAGAGCCGCAAAAUGCUGCCGGCAUCCCAUGCAGGUCGUGCAGUAGUGCUUCCAUUGAAUCAUCUACAAAGACGGUUCGUGCACAAGAGCAGCAUCCCACAAAGGGACACAGCGGGAGAGCUGGUAGUGGAACAAAAUUGCGGGAAAGUAAUAAGCGUCGCACACUAAAGACACUGCAGCGCAUGUUGCAGCAAGCGGCUGCAGAGGGCUUCCGCCUGUUGCAGGCCACAAAGACGGUUCGUGCACAAGAGCAGCAUCCCACAAAGGGACACAGCGGGAGAGCUGGUAGUGGAACGAAAUUGCGGGAAAGUAAUAGGCGUCGCACACUAAAGACACUGCAGCGCAUGCUGCAGCAAGCGGCUGCAGAGGGCUUCCGCCUGUUGCAGGCUUCGAAGAAGCAGCAACGGGCGGGAAAAGCAACCGCGGAGAACCGGUCAUUCUUUGCAGGCACUAUGGCAGCGGCUGCUGCUGCAGCGAGCAGUAGUAAUCACUGGAGCCCAGAUGCCUCCCCAGCUCCACCGGCAAUGGAUUCCUCGACCAAGCCAACCAGCACUAUGGCAGCGGCUGCUGCUGCAGCGAGCAGUAGUAAUCACUGGAACCCAGACGCCUCCGCAGCUCCACCGGCAAUGGAUUCCUCGACCAAGCCAACCAGUGCAAAACCAACGAAAGGAGGGGUUUCGGUAGAGAAAGUUGCAGGAGAAGAUACCUCCAUCCAGUUGAUGCACAGACUAGCGCAAUGCUCGCAGGAGCUUGCUAAGGAGCUGGACGAACGCAUUCGCACAUCACAAUGGCAUAUAUUUCCUUCUUCCAAGGCUUUCAACCUUUCUCGGAUGAAGCGCCGUGCAGUACUUCCAUGGCGGCGCUUGCUUGCCUCAGUAAGGAAACGGAAGCAGGAUAAGAAGCAAAGCCAAGGAGGCCAGUUCGCCGUGCGGUCGACAAACAGCCAACAGUUACUCCACAAUUCCGGCGGCGGCCCAAGGGACUCACUUGGGCAUGUAAGUUCGAAUAAGGGAAUGAAUGAGAGGAAACGCGCCCAGCUGCUUCUCAAGGAAGAUCUGAGACGUAAGGUGUACGAGCAUAUGGAAGCCCGUGCGGCCAAUCUCCAGGCCCAGCAGGCCAGCGCAGAGGCAACUGAAAUCGGGGCAUCUGCCGAAAAUGGGGGACAGGCGACAGAGAGUCAGUGGCGGUUCUUCAGAACGGGCUUCGACAGCGCCCCCCCAUCAAGCCAUGGCUCAUAUGACACUGCAUCUGAAUACGAAUCCUCGGAUUCGGCCCCAACAGAGGCUUAUGUUUCUCCGAGCAGCAGUUCCAGAAGCAGUAGCAAAGAAAGCAGCAGCAGCAGAUCAAGCAGUGAAGGUGAACUUGUAGAAGAAAUACUCAACGAUCAUACAGUUGAAAGGCCCCAGAAGCAUGUCCGUGCAACAGAUCGCACCAAACAUCCCAGCAGAAGCAGCAGCAUCGCAACUGCUGAAACGGCUGCCCGUCGCAUCAAGGAAGAAAAUGCAUCAGAUGCAUCAACAGGCUCAGCCGGGAGCGACCGAACAUCGUUUCGUUUGCUCAGCAAGUCAAGCAGGCGGGAGGAAAAGGAGGCUGGAUUUCAGUGGCUAGCGGGAUACUCCACAGAGCACAAAAAUACGCAGUUCGAGGCAGCACGCCGGCGGAGAAUGCCUUACGUUACGGUGGCGAUGGGCGACUCGGUGGAGAGGAAGCCUCUACAGCACCAGGGGGAAGAGGCUGAGGACUUCCAUCAGUCCAGGGCGACUCGGUGGAGAGGAAGCCUCUACAGCACCAGGGGGAAGAGGCUGAGGACUUCCAUCAGUCCAUGGCUAACGCUAAGAAUCAUUCGCCGUCAACAGUGCAGCUCGCCGAUCGAAGCCGAAGCUUGA